AUGAACCCGUUAGCUGCUCAUGCGCUGCUAGCAGCCGCCUUCCCCUGCCCGCUCGUAGUCACCACUACUCCGGAUGUCGAACUUGGCACUAGCACAGCUCCCGAGCGGCGUCCCUGCUGGAUCCAAUGCCUUCAGGGCAGUGCUGAGAUAGAAAUCUACGCUUCGGUUCCCUGUCUUCGAGGCGUCCACUACCGCCCGUUCUCCAGCUUCCUCCAGCCUCCUCUCGCGGGCGUCGCGGCGCCGCCGUCCCUGCUCCCGCCCGAGGCUCGACGACGCCCGGGGCUCGCCACGCCACCAGGUCAUUCUGCUCUGCCAGACUUCGCCGGAAAUCCGAGGAGGGCUGCGGCACGGCGGACGCUACGGUGCGCGAGGCUGUGGUGCAGCGAUCGCGCAUGA